CUCUUUGCGGUGAAAAGAUCGAAUGUCAAAGCAAGAACAGGAGAAGGAAGAUUACAAAGCGAGAGAAAACCGAGAGAAAGAAGAGAUCUUCUCGAAGUUCCAUCUUCCGUCAGAGGUCGGAUAUCAUCAUGGCUAUUCUAAUCGCGUCAACAGUUGGUUUAAACGGGUCAUCGGGGCUACGGUCAGCAACGAAUCGUUCAGGAAGAGAUUGACGAUGCGGUAAAAAAGGCGAUCCGCCAUCUGGACUGCCGAUGAUCUUAUAAGUCGGCGCGGUGUGUGCCUUACGAGUCAAGAAGCGUGCGCAUCGCGUGGCGUGCUGCACGAUCAGUAGCUCGCGGAAUCAUAUGCAAAAUCGCGUGUGCGAUUUUCUGAGAAUUUAUAACCAGAAAACAAUCCGGAAAGAGUGUAAUUAAACUGUGAGUGCUCGCGCAUAACUCAUUGUGUUCAAAUAUAUACAAUAUCGAACAACAUGGACGUAGACGUGUACGAGUGUACGCAGUGGCGACCAUCGUGCAUAUGAUACUCUUGUGAUAAGGAAUAUCUUUAUAACGCAAGAAACAUGAGAUGGCAAUUACAACGAAUAGGGAUCGCAUUUAGCUUUAUAGUGCUAUUAUCUGAAUUGUGCACGAGCAAUAAUGAUACUAGGACUAAUAAUCGUAACAAGAUAGUCAGGAAACUAAAGAAGGAUUUCCGAAAGCUGAAAAAAGAGGAGGGAGCGCUAAGGCUAACAGGAGGCGAAAAUGGCGAUCACGAAGGAAACGUGGAAAUACUUCACGACGGGAAGUGGGGCAGUAUAUGCGACGACGAAUGGGACGACUUGGAGGCCAGUGUGGUUUGCAGGCAAUUAGGCUUCAACGGUGCAAUUAAAGCGACAACGUACGGCCACUUUGGUCAGGCCAGAAGAAGAUACUGGAUGGACAACGUUUACUGCGACGGGACUGAAAACGAACUCGCGAAAUGCCGUUUUGACGGAUGGGGCAUCUCCGACUGUGGCAGCAACGAAGCGGCCGGCGUCAUUUGCGCGCACGAUGAGAAAGCAAAAGCAUCACUGUCACCGGUCCAACCGGAGAGAUCACCACCAAAAGCCAGAAUAAAGGACACAUAUCAACAAGGAACGGCGUUACGAUUAUCCGGAGGACGCGUACAUUCCGAAGGCCGAGUGGAAAUUAAAUUGGGCAAUGCAGAUUGGAGUGUCAUUUGCGGCGACAGUUGGUCUAUUCUUGAGGCCAAUGUGGUUUGCCGUCAAUUGGGCCUCGGCUAUGCCUCAGAUGCGGUGCAAACUAACUUUUUCAACAACGGGGAACCGACACUGAUGUCGAUUAGUGGUAUACAGUGUCGGGGAAACGAAGGAAAUCUAGCAGAGUGUUUACAUGACAAGAUAAUAGACUGUCCAGGGACGGCGGAAAACAUAGCGGGAGUGGUGUGUCGUCGCGAAAUAGCCGAUCUCGUGUUCGAUCAUCUCGAGCUGAUGCGCACGGCGCAUCUAGAGGAUCGUCAGCUCUAUUGGCUGCAGUGCGCGAUGGAAGAAAAUUGCGUGGCAUCGCAGGCCUACAAAGUGCAACGGGAAUCCGAAAAUUGGCAUCUAGAAACGAGGCGACUGUUGCGCUUCACGGCGAGGAUCUUGAACGCGGGCACUGCGGAUUUCCGUCCCUCCGUGCCCAAACACUUGUGGGAAUGGCACAUGUGUCACAUGCAUUAUCACUCGAUGGAAGUGUUCGCCACUUUCGAUGUAAUCGAUUCGAACGGCAAUAAAGUCGCCGAAGGCCAUAAGGCGUCCUUCUGCCUGGAAGACAAUCAAUGUAUACCCGGUGUUCAACCUAGGUACAAAUGCGCCAAUUACGGAGACCAAGGUAUUUCCGUUAAUUGCAGUGACAUUUACAAGCACAAUAUCGACUGCCAGUGGGUGGACAUCUCCGAGCUCGAGCCAGGACAUUACACGUUCAAGGUCGCGGUGAAUCCUGAAUUUAAAGUUGGCGAGAUGUCGUUCGAUAACAAUGCGGCGAUCUGCCGUUUGCUUUAUACGGAAACUUUUGCAACUGUCCACAGUUGCAUAAUGGGACGUCCUUGACACAAUGCGCACGAUUGCGGGGAUUUUUCUAGCCGCAGACAAUUCACGGGGUGAGAUUAAUGUCGGCUCAUUCGCAUACUGAGUGCGAUAAACGAGAAGCGACAUAUUGCGACCUUAUGAAUUCAAUAAUAUAAUUUCCUAACAUAGAUAUAUAGAUUCGCGAAUAAAUUUGAACAGGUUUCAAUCGAGAUGCGAUAUACAUGUAGGUAUAUUGUAUCAAAUUAAAAAAUUGCAAAACAAACAUUUUUAAAACAAAUAAAAAAAAUUUUUAUGCCGAUUUUAAA